GUUCCUUUGAUUUUUUUAAGAAUCAGAAAAAGAAACUUGGUGGUCAAGAUCUCAUUAAUUGAAAUAAAUAAAAUACCCCUUUGGAUUUGUUAUUUUAUUUUAUUCCAUUUUUUUAUUUUUCCCAGUUGUAACGACAAGCUUUAUAAUAAUAAUAAUUAUUAUUAUUUUUAUGGUGUGCUUGCUUUUGUUGGUUAAUGCGAGGAAGGAAGGAAGGGAGGUUGCUUGAGUUUUGUUUGUGAAUUGUAAAGAAGGAAAGGAACUUUUGAGUACUAAUUGGAGGUGGGUUCUUGUUGGUUUGUGGAUUUCUUCAGUGUUUUGCUCUGAAAAUGGAGAGAGAUUUUCUGGGUCUGAGCUCAAAAGAAACAUUGCCUGUGGUCAAGGAAGAGAUGAAUAAUGAUAUUAACGGGUACAAAGAUUCAGGUUUCACGAACGGUGCAGUGGUAAAAUGGCCCUUCUUGAACAAAGUCUCUGUUCAUCCUCAUUUGAUGAUGUCUUUCAAUGCUCCUCAGGAUGAUAAGGCUAAAUUCAUGGUGUCUGAUUUGCUCGCUAAAAAACGUUUUUCCGGUGAACCACAGAAAUCUUUCAAUCAUGAUGGACAAGGUGGCAUUCAUUUUUCCCUGACUCCAUAUCAUGUGCAACAUGAUGUGAAUUCUGUGAAUCGCCCUCAUGAUGUAAAGAUGUUUUCAGUUCCCAAUCAAGCAAUUUCAGUUUCCAUGGCACACCCUUCCCUAAAGAAUCAUUUUGCAACUGUUGGUCAGAAUAUGAAUGGUGCUGGUGUGAAGCAACCACUACUUGGGGGAAUACCUGUUACAGUGCCUCAUGCAGUUCAUCCCAUUCUUCCUGUCGGUGGUGCUGUUGCUGGAUUGACUGAAACAUGUAACAGUGUGAAACCAUUUGUGUCUGCUCCCAAACUUACAAUCUUCUACGCGGGCACUGUGAAUGUCUUUGAUGAUAUCUCCCCUGAGAAGGCCCAAGCUAUCAUGCUGUUGGCUGGGAAUGGCUUAUCAGCUGCUUCUAACAUGGCACACACACAGUCCAAUGUUCCGGUGCACGGCUUGAAGUUGGCUGUAGGUGAUGGUGUGCAUGUAAGUCAACCCAUAAAUAUGCCACCCUGCUCUAGUCUUUCAAGUCCUUUAUCUGUUUCUUCACAUACUGGUACACAGUCAGGGAGUGGUUCAAGUAGCAAUGAUGACAAAGUUGAGACUCCAAAAGUUGUCAACGCGACCACAAUGUUACCCUCAGCUGUGCCACAGGCUCGCAAGGCAUCAUUGGCUCGAUUUUUGGAGAAGCGCAAGGAAAGGGUGAUGAAUGCAGCACCAUAUAACCUCAAACAAGACGUCUGAGAACGUGGCGUAGCUGAAUACAAUGGUUUCUCACAUCACUGCAAGUGCUGCUACUGAUGCAUUGUCAAACAAGCAAGGAUAGUAGGAACCCCUUCUUAUACAAGAGACUACUUCAUCAUAUAUUAGAGAAUAUUUGUUGUAACUUGUAAUAUAUAUAUAUGUGUUUUGUAUGCAGAUGAUUUUAUUUUUUACAAGUACAAACUAUGUUCAGUGCUAGGUAGGGCUUUACCUUGAUUAUUUUUGGUUUAGAGCUCUAUCAUAUUACUUGAAAGUGGAUGGAUUUUACCUUCCAACAGUACAGCAUUAGCAUAUAGACCACUAUGUAAUUGUAAUGCAACUGUAUCUGACAAUUUGGGAAUUAAAAGCAAGUUUAGAUAUUUAUAUUUA